AACGAUGUAGAAUAGCCGUGCGUAUAAGUGGACGUUAACAGCCGAGCAAAACGUCGUUCUGAGCGAACCACCAAGUCUCAAAACGCAAUCAUGUCAAUGCUUCAGAAUUUACCUCUCGAGAUUAUCUUUAAUAUAAUAAGCUAUGUAGACGCCAAAGAUCUUGUGUCAAUAGUUCGUUUGAAUCGAUGGUGGGCAAUACGAUUCUAUGACAUGAGUCGAAAACUAGUCCUUGACACACUGGAAAGAGGUUGGAUAGUACGAAAUACCCUAGAGACAAUGGACGACGUAGGAGACUCAGAAAGUACAGCCACUGUCUGUGGGAUUUCGCUCGUUACCGUCCUGGAUCACGUCGAACCUCUGACACUGAACUUGAUCUUCAAUUUACAUGAAAUCGCUCUCGAUGGCUUCACUAUACUGCCGCAACAUCCAGAAAACCCGCCCUGUGUAAAUCUUAAAUAUAAUGGGCAAAACUCGGUCAGUGUUCAAUUGACUUUUAUCGGACGAAAUACCAGUAGCAAUCGUAUAACCUGGAUUGAACAACUGGAUCCAGUCGACUGUAUAUUGGAUACCUCCAAGGUUAGCGAGGAACACACAGAAUCGUCUCCUUGGAACUCCAAUAUGCGAGUAUCCACUUCACCAGAAGUUUUCGUCACAUACAGCCUUAUUAGUACAUCAGCAGACCCUACCUCCCAAACUGCGCAGGCAGUCCUUGAUACCCACGGGCAAAGAGAAAUAUCUGAAGAAGAUGCGCCAUAUCUCCUGCGAUUGGAUAAGUUAGUAUGUUCCUACAAGUGGUGGAUAUCAAAAGUUGAAGAGGCGGAGUCCGAGGCAAAACGAUCCGUCGCCAAUGACAUGAACAUAUGGUAGAUUUAACAUGAAACUUCUUUUUAUGGCAUGUAUCGAAUGCUUGGUAUAAAAGGCAGACAUAGAGGGUUUUGUACAAAUACAAGAAAGAGCUUGGAAUUGCUUCCACUUGAUGUUAUUGUGAUGUGUCAUAUAAAUGAAGGGCUCCUUCGUUAUUGCUAGUCACGCCUGCAGCAGCCAA